AUGACGACUCCAAUCCAGCGGAAUCUGGCCGAGAAGAACAAAGAGUAUGCAGGAUCGUUUACAAAGGGGCAUCUGGCGCUUCCGCCGGCGAAGAAAUAUGCCGUUCUGACGUGCAUGGAUGCACGAAUCGACCCUGCAGCCGCAUUCGGAAUCGACCUGGGGGACGCGCACGUCAUCCGAAACGCAGGUGCGUCGGCCAAGGACGCGCUCCGCAGCCUGAUCAUAUCGGAGCAGCUCCUGGGGACGCAGGAAAUCCUGCUCAUCAAGCACACGGGAUGCGGGAUGCUGACGUUCGGCAACGAGGAGGCGCGGGCGCUCGUGGAGCAGAAUUUGGGCAGGGAGGCGGGAGAGGAGGUCAAGGGGCUCGAUUUCCUGGCGUUUCCGGAUUUGGAGGCGGAGGUUCGCAAGGACGUGUCGUGGCUGGCAGCGCAGAAAACGAUCCCGCAGCAGGUCACGGUCAGCGGGUGGGUUUACGAGGUCGAGACAGGCAGGGUCAGGAGGGUGGAGUAG